AUGGCUUGGCGCGACAACAUCGUCGCCAAGUGCUCCCAGAAAGUUUUCGUGAUAGCUGGACAAUCGCUGCCUAAUUUACUAGCCGAUUAUCGCGGUCUUUGCGUUUUGUACCUGGUAUACGCGCUUGGGACGCCUCUGAUUUUCAGCGCUUGGCACCUGAUUGAGGUUUACCGGAUUUUCACGCACUUGGAGCAAGACUUAACCACGACCUUGUGGCUUUGGACAUCGUUGAACCUAGCGGCGGCCAAUUGCACCAAGAUCCUGUACACUGCCGUUCUCAAAAGAAGACUCGUGGUGGUUUUGUACAAACGAAUCCGCCACGUCGAAGAUAAACUCAAUUACAAAUUGAACACACGCGUCGAUUACGAUGAAAGCAGCCUCAAAGUCUCUGUUAUUCUGCUGGUAGUUGUUUCGGUGUUGACGCAAGCGUCCUCCCUGUAUUCCUACGAUACCGUCUCAGCUCGCACUGUUCUAUGCUCCACGGUUCAAAUGGCUUUCCUCGAUUUGGGAGUACUCCAACUUAUUCUGCUAAUCUGGCCCAUCAAGUACAUCGGAGCGUGUUUUAACGCCUCCAUUCGAGAAGCGGAGAGGGAUUUUGAAGAGCUCGCUCUCCACUUGAUAGUCCACGAAGAUAUCUGCGACUUGGUGGACGUGGUCCAUGAUACAUUUCACACCCCAGUUGUGUUUUUAAUGUCGUAUUACGUUGUUGAAGGAUGUUACGCCAGCUGCAUGUUGUAUCAGUCGUUUUUGGCUGCUAAAUGGGUACGAGUCGGCGCGGUGGCAUUGCGGGCUCUAAGCGACACGGUAAGCUUUCAGUUUAUACGGGGUGAGUCAACCAUAGAAUAAAGUUCAUUAUCUGCUUGGUUUCAGAAAAUGGUAAAUACAAAAGUUGUAUAGAUUGCAAUAAUAAUGCAUAUCUAAUCCCAAUAGUUUUUCCGAUAUUUUAUAUUUCCUAAAAAAAAACUGCU